AUGACUAUAACUGUGUCGCUGAUUUGGUGGCGCAGGCUCGCACUGUCGAUGCUCGCCACAGCACCUUCAACGAAAUUCACGGUCAGUAAAUCAACAUCACCGGAGGUCUCACAUACAUCGACCCAAUCCACAAAGGCCCUUGGGCUUACCCAGCUUGUUACAUGGCUCUCUCCCCUCAACUUCCGACAAACCCAGAACGACAUUUAUGCAAACCGUCAAGAAUGGACUUGUGGCUGGGUAUUCGAGGAAUACAAGUUUAAGGAGUGGCAUCAAGGGAAUACGAAAACACUAUGGUGUCCUGGGAUUCCUGGUUCUGGGAAAUCCGUUCUUGCAUCAUCCAUGGUCAAAUUUCUUGCCGAACAACAUAAAACCGAUGGCAUCGCUAUGUCUUACAUCUAUUGCAACUAUAAAGACAAAGCAAGGCAGGCAGUGUCUGACCUUCUCGCAAAUCUUUUGAAACAACUUGUUGAAGGCUAUAUUUCCACUUUCUACAGCGUUAAAUCCAGUACCACUAUCACGAACAAUAUAUCGUUUUCCAGGGUCUUUGUUAUUGUGGAUGUUAUGGACGAAGUUCCGGAGGAUGGCCACGUCCCUUAUGAGCUACUCUGUAGGCUCAAUGCGCUCGGAGCUAGUUUACUGGUGACUUCGCAUGACAUCGCGCCAAUUGGUGACCUUCUUUGUGACGCCCAACGUAUGGACAUAUGA